AUGGCGGAUAUAUUUGUAGGAGCAAUAGUUGGGGUAAUCUUUGAGAAGCUGGCAUCCAGUGGGAUAAGCGAAUUUCUGAAGUUGGUAAAAGGGAAGAAGGUAGAAGCUCAAAACAUACGAAUAUUGGAGCAUACUCUUAGAAUGAUUGCUGCGCUGCUCAUUGACGCCGAGCAGCGCCAAUCUGAGAACAAUGCUGUUAAGCUGUGGCUUGAAGACCUCCAAGACGUGGCUUACGACUUGGAGGAUAUCCUCGAUGAGUUUGCCACUAGAGCUCAGCUUCAUCUUCUCGAGGAGGAGUCCGAGGAAGAGGAUGAUAUUGAAGAUGUUAAUAAGAUAUCUGUCAACAAAAUUUUUGAAUCCACCAAACAUAGGAAAUCUAGCUGCGUUAUCUCAUUGUCUUUCGAAAAGUCUUAUGCUGUAGUACCUGUUAAACGCGUUUUAGCUAGUGGUUCUAGAGCCAGAUAUCAUUUUCAAUACUCUAGGGGAGACCUUCUGUCAAGAAUCAAAGAGAUGAGCAUCCGCUUGGAACAUAGUCUGACUAAGGCUAGAGAUCUGGGCCUUUUAGCGAAUAACAUCACGCUGCAAGAGAUACACAGAACAGAAGCACCAAAGGGAAGUUGGCGACAAUCCACAUCUAUAGUUUGUGAACCGGUCAUUUAUGGAAGGGAUGACAAGAGAAACGAGAUUAUUGAGAAUUUGUUGAAAGAUGAGCCAAGCUAUGAAAAUGUUGUUGUCAUUCCUAUUGUUGGAAUGGGUGGUGUCGGGAAGACCACUCUUGCUCAGUAUGUAUACAAUGAUGAACAGUUGGAGGGUCACUUUGAUAUCAAGGCAUGGGUGUGCGUAUCAGAUGUGUUUGAUGUUAUACGCAUCACAACGGACAUCAUCAACUCGCUCACCAAGAAAAACCAUAGUUUUAGCAACCUGAAUCAGGCACAAGAAGACUUGAUGGAGGUGCUAGAAGGCAACAAAUUCUUACUCGUUCUUGAUGAUAUUUGGUCUGAGAACUACAAUGACUGGAAUCAACUCCAAACACCUUUUAUACUAGGCUUAAAAGGAAGCAGAGUUAUUGUCACUACAAGAAAAAAUAUUACUGCAAGGAUGGUGCUUAGUAAUCCAAUUCUCAGCACCACCAUCCAUUUGAAGGGCUUGUCUGAUGAUGACUGCUGGUGUAUAUUUCAGAAGCACACAAAUGAUGAUCCCGACUUUGCUAAGAUGCGGGCAGAUAUUAUAAAAAAGUGUGCAGGAUUGCCUUUGGCUGCAAAAGCUUUAGGAGGUCUCCUGAAAAGUACAUUCGAGUGGCAUCGUCAAAAUAUAUUAGAGAGCAGUAUUUGGAUCGAAAAAAGCCAUAUUUUACCAGUUUUAAAGUUGAGUUACCAUCAUCUGCCAUCUCAUCUGAAGCGCAACUUUGCAUACUGCUCAGUACUUCCUAAAGGUUAUAAAUUUGAUGAGAUGGAAGUCGUCUUGUUGUGGAUGGCUCAAGGCUUUGUACCACAAAGCAAUAUGGAGACGAUGGAAGAUAUAGGCCACAACUACUUUUUCGAUCUAGUAUCGAGGUCAUUAUUUGAGGAAUGCCCAUCUCAUGGAGGGAAAAGAGAGUUCAUUAUGCAUGACCUCAUCCAUGAUCUAGCUCAAUGGGCUGCAGGGGACAUGUGUUGCGCAAUGGACACUGUUAAUAUACAAAGAGAUCUGAAAAGAACUCGCCAUUUAUUUCUCAAUAUGUAUGGUAUAGGUGAUAUAUUGGGAAAUCAGCUGUUGGGUCCUCAAUUGCGAACUUUUCUUUGUCCAUCCUACGGACCUUUGUUUCCAGUUUAUAUGAAUAUUGAAAUUUUGGAUAAUAUUCACAGAUUUACAUAUAUACGCGCUCUACGCCUAUCUUUGCACAAUAUUGAAAAGUUGCCUGAGAAUAUUGGUGAUUUGAUACACUUGCGGUUUCUUGUCCUUCAUAUAAGUCAAAUGAGAGUGUUGCCAAAAUCAAUUAGCAAACUCUGCAACCUCCAAACACUGGAAUUGCAUUCCUGUCACAAUCUUCAUGAGCUCCCAAAUGUUAGAUUUAUGGUAAAACUUCGACAUCUGUACAUCGAAAGCAACACUUCUUUGCAAGAAAUGCCAUUGGGGAUAGAGAGGUUGAAAUGCUUACAAACUUUGAACAAUUUUGUCUUGGCAGCUGGGGGUGGGUCCAGGAUAAGUGAGUUGAGAAACUUGAAUCAACUUAAUGGCUAUCUAAUCAUCUCUGGAUUAGAAUAUCUGACAAGGGUUAAGGACGCACAUAAAGCCCGAUUGCAUGAAAAAGAUGGUCUACAUGAGUUGUGUCUAGAAUGGGGGUUUGGCAAGGAUGAGGUUGAUGAUAACACUAAAAAGCAAGUGUUAGAGCACCUGAAUCCUCACACUUCCAUCAAAGUAUGUGAGGUAAAAGGGUAUAGGGGCUUGACAUUCCCAACUUGGUUAGGAGAUCCCUCUUUCAAUAACAUGGUUAGCAUCGAGCUCGUGCGCUGCAAGAAGUGUGAAAGUUUGCCUUCACUAGGGCAGCUACCUUUGUUGAAGAAUCUUAAUAUUAGAACAAUGGAUGGUAUUGAGCACAUAGGUCUUGAAUUUUAUGGUUAUCUUGGGUGUUCAGUUCCUUUUCCAGCUUUGGAAACUCUAUAUUUUAACAAUUUGAAAUAUUGGGGAACGUGGCUACACUUACCAGUAGAAGAAAACAAGGCCUUCCCCUGCCUUAAAAAACUUUCAAUUAGAAAUUGUUUGUCUUUACAAGGCGAUUUCCCUCCUCUAUCUUCUCUUGAAGAGCUGGAAAUCAGAAAUUGCAAGAAGCUGAAUACCUCACUUACAGACCUUCCUUUGUUAGAGAUGCUGGUGGUAAAGGAAGACAAAUUAUAUGGUUUCAGUACUGAUGAACAUCUCAAUGAUGGCAUUUUCUGUUCUAAAGGGAGGUGUGCUCGCAAUAUAUCGGAUAUCCUUGAGUUAAUUGGGAGUCCAUUUAAGUUUUAUGAAAAAGUUUUCAUUUCCAAUUGGCAAUCUCUCACUACUCUUGACAAGUCACCCAUGUUCCUUCGACAGCUAACAAUUGAUUAUUGUAACAAGCUACAAUCAGUAAUAUUAUGUACUCCUUUUCUUGAAAAAUUCAAAGUUGAAUCUUGUCAAUCUAUCAGUGUUAUUAGCGAGAUUCCCUUGUGCAUCAAAAGAUUGCAUAUUCAUAGUUGCCAGAAGCUACAAGUUGUACAAUUUAGUAGCACGGAGAUUGAAGAUGAAAGAUUAGUAGCAGCAACAACAACCGUAGAAAAUGUUGGUUCUUUAGAGCUUCAACUUGCUCAUCUCACCGAAUUGAGAAUAACAGGAUGCCCGAAUCUCAUAUCGUUACAAGAAGGUCUGCUCUUCCCAGUUUUAGAACAGCUUUACUUCUCCGAUUGCAACAAUAUACAGGGUCUUCCUAGCCAGAUGCACAAGUGUACCAACCUCCAAAAGGUACUUAUUAAAAAAUGUCCAAGAAUCAAUUGCUUUCCAGAAGGGGGUUUACCCAAAAACCUGACAGAUCUUCAUAUUGAAGGUGUAAACAUAAAGCAACCAGUACAAGAGUGGGAAUUGCACCUUCUAACUUCUCUUCAUUCUCUUACACUUUGUAAUGUAGGCAGCUCCAUAUAUUCAUUAGAGUGCAUUCCGAGUCCAAAUCUUUAUCUUUCUUCUUCCUUGACUACAUUAGAAAUCAUGGGGUUCCCUAGUUUGAAAUCCAUAUGUGUUUCCAGGUUUCCCAACCUGAUAAAAAUUUCUAUCCAGUGUUGCCCCAAGUUUGAAUCCUUUGGUCACAAUGGCCUUUCUCCACAACUUGAAUCCGUGUAUAUUUAUGAAUGUGAUUUGAUAGAACAACAUCUGAAAAGCAAUCUUGAAGACCGUAUGAAGAUAACUGUAGCCUCAGCUUAUCGUCAUCCUAAUGAAGGAUGGAUGUUUUAG